AAAAAAUAUAGACAAAAGAAGGCCAGUAUACCGUAGAGUGACAGCUGCCAUGGUUUUUCUAUACUUGAUAAAAUAUCAAACUAUACUAUGCACCAAACUAACCUACCCUAUUUUUCUUUUUUUUUCUAGUAGUCAGCACUUUCCACUAAAAAAACAUACUUAUCUUGAAAAGUUUUCUUUAAAAGGAUAAAAAAAGAGCAAAAAAAUAUCUAUGAGCCCUUUCUAGAUUUUCUUUUAGUGAAAACUUGUGGCCCAUGCGCUGAAAAAGCAGAAAAAGCGAAACAGACAAAUGGCUUUCUGAGUGGGCAUAUUCAGCAUGUCCUGCCUCCAAAUUCCAGGGAAGACUCAUCUCUCUCUAAAUGCAUGUCUAGUGAAGGCUUCUUUCUCUCUCUCUCAAUUCUUUUAUAGCUUAGAUUCUGGUGAAGUGAAACCUGCAAGUAGGGCCCAUGAACAUGGAUGGAGAUGACGCCAUGAAGAAGAAGGAUGAUGAUGCAUCAAUGGAGGAAGAUGCAUUUGCAGGUGUUGAGGUCCCUAAAUGGAGGGACCAAAUUACAGUGAGAGGUUUGGUUGUGAGCUUUGCCAUGGGGUCUCUCUUCUGCUUAACAAUACAAAAGCUUUUAUUGACAACUGGUAUUAUACCUGGAUUCAAUAUGGCUGCUGGCUUGAUUGGGUUCUUUCUUGUGAAGACAUGGAAUAAGCUUUUGGAGAAGGUGGGUGUGGUUACAAAGCCAUUUACAAGGCAGGAGAACACAGUCAUUCAAACUUGUGUGAUUGCUUGCUGUGGAAUUGCAGUUAGUGGGGGAUUUGGGACUUACAUCAUUGCCAUGGACGAAAGGAGCAGAAAUCAAAGUGGGCCAACUGAUUUUCGUCCCAAUGGACCUUCUAGUGUUAAGAACCCACAAUUAACAUGGCUCUAUGCUUUUAUCAUCACAGUGAGCUUUGUGGGACUUUUCUCUGUUGUUCCUCUGAGAAGGAUCAUGAUUAUAGAUUACAAGCUUCCUUACCCCAGUGGGACUGCUACUGCAGUUCUUAUAAACAGCUUUCACACUCCCAAAGAUGAAAAUAAAGCAAAGAAGCAAAUUAAAAUCCUUGGGAAGUACUUUACAAUCAGCUUCCUGUGGAGCUUCUUCAAAUGGUUCUACAGUGGUGAUGGGGACUGUGGGUUUGGAAAUUUCCCCAUCUUAGGCUUGAAAGCACAAGAGAAUGGGUUUUAUUUUGAUAUGAGUCUCACAUAUGUUGGAACUGGAAUGAUUUGUCCCCACCUAAUUAACAUCUCACUCUUGCUUGGUGGAACUAUUUCUUGGGGUCUAUUGUGGCCCCUUCUCAAAACAAAAGAGGGGGAUUGGUACCCAGCAGGCCUUAAGGAAAGAGAUAUAAAGGGCCUGUCUGGCUACAAGGCUUUCAUUGCCAUGGCACUAAUUCUUGGAGAUGGGCUUUACAACUUGCUCAAGAUAUUGGCAGUCACUAUCAUUGCCUUCUACAAACAACAAAAAAAGAAGCAAAUGGCGACGCUUCCGCUCUCACAUGACAAGCCAGAGGAGGCCCUACCGCCUCUCGAGGCACAACGCAAUGAGAUCUUCAUGAAGGACCGCGUACCUCUGUGGUUUGCCGCCUCAGGCUACACCGCACUUGCUGCCAUCUCCAUGGGCGUAAUCCCAAAGCUCUUCCCCUCUGCAAAAUGGUACUACAUCCUUAUCUCCUACCUCAUUGCCCCUGUUAUGGGGUUUUGCAAUGCCUAUGGUUGUGGCCUUACAGACUGCAGCCUAGUCAGCACGUAUGGAAAAAUUGGCAUCUUCAUUUUCGCAGCUUGGGCUGGUCAAGAUGGUGGGGUCUUAGCUGGUCUCGCCCUUUGUGGGGUCAUGAUGAUCAUAGUGCAGACAGCCUCAGACCUAAUGCAAGAUUUCAAGACUGGGUACCUCACCCUAUCUUCACCAAGGUCCAUGUUUGCUGGCCAGAUCUUGGGAACCCUCAUGGGCUGCAUCUUGGCUCCACUGACCUUUUGGCUCUUUUGGGUAGCCUUUGAUGUGGGGAUCUCAAAGGAAUACCAAACUCCAUAUGCUGUAGUUUAUAGAGAGAUGGCCCUUUUGGGGAUUGGUGGGGUCUCCACUCUCCCUAAGCACUGCCUCUCUCUGUCUUGUGGCUUCUUUGCUUUCUCUCUAUUAACAAACUUCAUCAAGGACUUACUUCCAAAGAAGGUGUCCAUGUACAUUCCCAUACCCAUGGCCAUGGCCAUACCAUUCUUUAUAGGCCCGUAUUUCGGCAUCGACAUGGCAUUGGGUUCGUUGGUAAAUGCAGUAUGGGGUCGACUAAAUAAGAGAGAAGCCGAUCUCUUAGGGCCAGCUGUGGCUUCAGGAUUGAUAUGUGGAGAUGGGAUAUGGACUCUUCCAGCUGCUGUGCUUGCAUUGGCUAAGGUGAACCCAUCAAUAUGCAUGGCCUUUUUAUUUAGAGGUCAAGCUGCGAAACUCUCAGGUUAGCAGUGGGAAUGGACCCAUAUGUUUGAUGAUAUGCAUUUGUAGUCAAGUUUGGUUGGUUUAAGGUAAGCAUAUUGAUAGUUCGAUAGUAUCGGUUGGUUCUAAUGGCAAUUUGAAGUGAGUGUCUAAGAGUUGGAUGCAAGAUAAACGGGUGGGGAUUUUUUAUCAGUGCUCUUCUUUGGGUUCUCUCUAACAGGUAAAUGUCAGAAAUGUCAAAGAAGCAUAGUUUUCAGGUUUUUCUACUCUCUCUCUCUCUCUCUCUAUUGUGGUGUACCCAUGGGAGCUGAACCAUUGAACAUCUUACCCAUUUACAACUAUCUCAUCUCCUGGUCAUAUUCCUGAUCAUGUGCCUUUCUGUGGGUAUCUUAGAAUUAAAUCAAAAGAUAGUGUAUAAUCUUUAA